AGAAAGUCAUGGACGCCGGGAUCACAACCAAGGUUCGGCUAGAGCGCCUGAUGGCCGCCAAAACGCAAUUGGAGGCGCAGAUCAGCAAAAAUGGGCAGAUCCUGGCCGCCAACGACAACGUCGGAAUGAGUGGCCCUUUAGUGGAUGCCGAAGGUUUUCCGCGGAACGACAUCGAUAUUUACCAGGUGCGUCAGGCCCGCCAAACGAUCAUCUGCCUGCAGAACGACCACAAAGAGCUGAUGAAUCAAAUUCAAAGCCUGCUCAACCAAUAUCACAGUGAGAUUGCCACCACAGAUCCCGAGCUGGUAAACCGCGCCUCUGCUCUGGAUUUGGACAGUGACCGAGCACAAGGCGGAGCUAAUUUUGCAGAUCUGGCACCUGCCCGUGCCAUAGUAGUGGUCAACCUAGUCAGUCCCGAUUCCCCCGCCGAAAAAGCUGGCCUUUGUGUGGGCGAUGCCAUUUUGCGUUUUGGCUCCAUCAAUAGCAAUAAUUUCAAAGGUGAACUCGGCCAAAUUGGCGAGGUGGUGCGCAACAUGCAGAACCAAAAUGUCAAUCUCAAAGUGAAACGCGGUGACCAGCAGCUGGAUUUGAUUCUAGUGCCAAAAACUUGGAGUGGACGCGGCCUUCUUGGCUGCAACAUCGUCCUGCCGCCCGAGGCCAUGGAGCACUGAUUUAGUUACCUUUUAAGCUUUGACAGAAUUGCCAUUGUAUAUUUGCUCUGCAUUUAAUUAUCAGCUCAUGGCCAGGUCACUGGACAUUUUUACCCUUAA